GCGCGCAUGCGCGGGGCGCAUGCGCUCCCUUGUGGCGCCGCAAGCGGGCCGGGAGGGAGAUCAUGGCGGCCACGUUCUUCGGCGAGGUGGUGAAGGCGCCUUGCAGAGCCGGGACGGAGGAUGAGGAGGAGGAAGAAGAGGGGAGGAGGGAGACGCCCGAGGACAGGGAGGUCCGGCGACAGCUGGCACGAAAGAGGGAGGUUCGGCUCCUUCGAAGACAGACAAAAACAUCUUUGGACGUCUCUCUGCUAGAAAAAUAUCCUUGCUCCAAGUUCAUAAUCGCUAUAGGAAAUAAUGCAGUAGCAUUUUUAUCAUCAUUUGUCAUGAAUUCAGGAGUCUGGGAAGAAGUUGGUUGUGCUAAGCUCUGGAAUGAGUGGUGCCGGACAACAGACACUACACAUCUGUCCCCAGCGGAGGCUUUUUGUGUGUUUUAUCACCUAAAAUCGAAUCCCUCGGUUUUGCUCUGUCAGUGCAGUUGCUACGUGGCUGAAGACCAGCAGUUUCAGUGGCUGGAAAAGGUCUUCGGCUCUUGUCCAAAGAAGAACAUGCAAGUAACUGUUCUCACCUGUCGACACGUUACUGACUAUAAAACCUCAGGAUCCACCAGCAGCCUUCACACGCCUUUCCUGAGAGCCCUAAAGACACAGAAUUUCCGAGAGUCUCCGUGCUGCUCUCUGCUGGAGCAACCAAAUAUCGUGCAUGACCUUCCUGCAGCAGUUCUGAGUUAUUGUCAAGUAUGGAAAAUCCCCGCAGUUCUAUACUUGUGUUAUACUGAUGUGAUGAAAUUAGACCUCAUUACAGUUGAAGCUUUUAAGCCUGUACUUUCUUCCAGAAGCUUGAAAGGUUUGGUUAAGAACAUUCCCCAGAGCACAGAGAUACUGAAGAAGUUGAUGACAACAAAUGAGAUUCAGAGUAACAUUUACACGUGACUCCAAAGAUUGCUCUGUCAAGUGUGUGACCCAUCCACCCCUUUACGGGGAGCAGCGUGCACUGUUCUAUUUAUAGGUUACUUUUUUUCAGGGGGGGAUUUUGAGGGUGUUAAAAACAGAAUAAACUUAUUUUAAGUUCCUCAUA